GGGUUUGGUGGGGAGGUGCCCGGUUGGGGGGGUGCUUCCGCGGCUGAGGGUGGUUUCUGGCCUCUGGGGGUUGUGGACAGGUGUGGGGGCGGUCCAUGGUUUGGCAGUGUUUGUGGGCAGGGAGUGUGCUGCUGGGCUUGGGCCGAGAGGGUGGUGUCUGGCUGCAGGGAGUGCUGCCCUGUUUAGGGGGUGUCUCUGGGUUUGGGUGUGCCGCUGGGCUUGGGGCAUGCCGGCAGCGGGAUAUGCCUGGGUUUAGAGUCGGUUCCUGGGUCUGGACAGUGUCACCUGGGAUUUGUGGUUUAGCGGUGCUGCCAGGUUGGGGGUGCACCAGACACCCUUGCUUAUGACUAACUCAGAGCAGUGUUUCGGGGGGCGCGGGGGCCUGUGCCGCCUGGCUGCCGGCGUCAUCUCCACUGCGCCGGCCAGAGGGGCAGGGCUCGGUCUGCAGCUGCCCAACAAAGCUGUGUUUGUGGCCCAGCCUCUCAGCCUCCUUGCCUGCCUUCAGUCGGCUCAAUUUAAGUUCUGGCUUCCCCCGCAUUGUUUAUUCUGCCCUUCUUAUGUAAGCUACUUGCCGUUUUCCAGAUAGUUUAACCCAUGGCCAGGCUCAGAGCUAGGUGUCUUUGCCAGAGCUGCUGGGGCCAGUUUUGCAAAUUGUACAUGGGAGCAGCAAUGGGGCAUAUGUGUGGCCCCCUGCUCUGCCCUUUCUCUGACCUGUUGAAAGCAGCAUCUGCUCCAACAACAACAACAAAACCCUAGCACUGCAGCAGUGCAUCUCAUUCGGUGCUGGUGUGGCCAUGCUGUGCUCUCUCUGCCUGGGCAUUCAGGCUGUUUCAGCAGCAUGGGUGCUGGGCUGACAGCCAUUAGGAAGAGCUAGGGGCACUCCUUGCCACCCUCAGGUGUUUUUAAUUUUCCUGACAGUGGUGAAAUCACGUCUGUCACGUUUAGAGUACUUUUAGGAUAGUAGAUAAUGUGCUAUCUCUUCUGCUUUGGUAGUAAGUGAUGUGUUUCUGUUUAUAGUUUAAUUGGGUUUUUUUGCUUGUUUUGAGUCUCUGAUGCAGAUCGUUCAGGACUAUUGAUCCAGGCUGGUUUUUGCUUUCUUCCAGUGUUUUUGCUUGGCAGUGCUGGAGGAGGGAUGCCAGGCGGUGCUGCUCCACUGCUGGAUGGACCUGAGGAAAGGGGCUUUAGGAAAUCCUUUCCCUAAUCUAGCUGAAGGUCAAGUGAUCUUCUGACAGUGGAGUUGCUGUGGCACUUAAAUCUCUUGGCAAGUUCACCAACUUUUUUAGGUUCACCUUAAUUUAUGCUCCAUAUGAAAUUGCUGGUACAUCAACCUCCAAGAAAAGAAGUCUAAAGGUAGCAUCCUCCCCAACAAGUUUUGCUCUAGGUGUCUGUCUGUCUUAUGUACGCUCUGGAAGUGGUGCCUGUGAAGAAUGACGUCAAGAGGUGCUGGGACUGCUUUCUCAAAGAAGAGCUACAGGCUGGGCACUGAGCCAGAGAAGUCCAAGGUCACAGGGAUUGUGAACAGCAGGCUGCUGAAUGAUUAUCUGCAUCGCGUCUUUACCAAUGCUGAUGGGAACCAGCCUGCAGCUGCUUACAGAAAGCACCUGACGUUUCAGAACCUGCAGGAGCACCUUGACCGGUUGCUAGCAGAAGAGAAUGGCUCUGAAGACAGUCAAGAUCAGGUAGCAGAGGGCCGGCUUGGUCCCUCUACUGUGGUGUUGGACCACACAAGCGGUUUUGAGGGCCUCCUGCUGGUCGAUGAUGACUUACUUGGGGUGAUUGGCCACAGUAACUUUGGCUCCAUCAGGGCCACGACGUGUGUGUAUAAAGGGAAAUGGAUUUAUGAGGUGCUGAUCUCCUCCCAGGGACUCAUGCAGAUUGGCUGGUGUACUCUCAACUGCAGAUUUAAUCAGGAGGAAGGAGUUGGAGAUACGCCAGAUUCAUAUGCGUAUGACGGAAACAGGGUGCGCAAGUGGAAUGUGUCUACUACCAACUAUGGCAAAUCUUGGGCAGCAGGAGACAUCGUCAGCUGCCUGAUAGACCUUGAUGAGGGUACCAUUGGUUUCUGCUUGAAUGGCAUAUCUCUGGGAACUGCUUUUGAUAACAUCACGAGGGGUACUGGAAUGGCUUACUUCCCUGCAAUCAGCCUCUCGUUUAAAGAGUCCGUUGCUUUUAACUUCGGGAGCCGUCCACUCCGUUAUCCAGUGGAAGGUUACCACCCCUUGCAAGAUCCUCCUGUUGCAGACCUAGUGAAGGCUCGCAAGCUGUUAGGCUACUUGAAGAAUGUGAUCCAUAUCGCAAUAGAUGUGACGGAGGGAAAGCUGGUGGAGAAGGACACGUCUGUGUGGCGGCUGCAGGGAGAACCCACAGUAUUGAUUACGUUAGCCCACAUCUUCAAUUAUUUCUCCCCUCUUAUGUGCAAGGUGUACCUGGUGGAAGAUGUGCUCAUGACCUUCCUGUUGAGCAUACUUGAGCGAGGAGGGGCAGUGGAGGCCCAUCCCCUUAUUCAGCAGCUGCUGGAUCUUAUGUGGCUUCUUAUGGAGGACUAUGAAGUGCAUGAGUGCCUCAAGCAGCUACUGAUGUCCCUGCUGCGGGCAUACAGGUUCUCCCCCAUCAUCCCAGACCUGGGAUUACAAAUUCACUACCUCCGGCUCACCAUUGCAGUCUUGAAGCAUGAGAAAUCCAGGAAAUAUCUACUCAGCAAUGUUCUCUUUGAUGUGCUCCGUUCGGUUGUGUUCUUCUACAUUAAGAGCCCGCUGCGUGUGGAGGAGGCUGGUUUGCAGGAGCUCAUUCCCACCACGUGGUGGCCAAACUGCGUCACCAAGGAGGGCAAGGAGAGUACGGAGGUGAAGGAGGAGAGUGCUGAGGAGAGAUUGAGGCGGCGGGCAUAUGAAAGAGGCUGCCAGCGGCUCAAGAAACGCAUUGAAGUGGUGGAAGGUCUCCAGGUUCAGAUUCUGAAGUUGCUGCUGAACAACAAGGACAGAGGAGGGGGGGAAGCCUCCAGAUACAUCUUCCUAAACAAAUUCCGCAAGUUUCUUCAGGAGAAUGCUAGCAACAGAGGGAACUUGACUGUGUUGUGCCCGCCAGAGUACAUGGUGUGCUUCCUGCACCGGCUUAUUGCUGCCCUGCGUUUCUUCUGGGAUGGCCACAAGGCAAAGACUCCUGCUGCACUGAGCAGUGAAGAGGCCUAUGUCCCUCCUCAACUCUUCUACAAUGGGAAGGUGGAUUAUUUUGACCUUCAGCGACUUGGAGGUCUCCUGUCUCAUCUUAAGAAGACUCUGAAAGAUGACCUGGCUGCAAAAGCUAAUGUCCUGAUCGACCCUGCGGAGCUGCAGGCAGUGACUAUGGACGAUCUUGAUGAAGAUGAGGAAUCGGCAACAUCAGCAGCACAGUCUCAGCGUCCCUCUGCCUCCUUAGCCAUUGGUGGAGCUCUUGCUAGACCUGGCUGGCUCAGCUCCCCCACUCUGGGACGUGCCAACCGCUUCCUCAGCACGGCAGCCGUCAGCCUGAUGAACCCACGUCGGCCUCUUGGCACCCUGGAGAAGAUUAAAGUGCGUACACUAAGUGUGGAGCAGCGGACAGAAGAGGACAUUGAAGGCAGCCAUGGAAAUGAGGGUCUCCUACUAGGCAGACCCCCAGAAGAGCCAGACCAGCCCAUCACAGAGAACUCUCUUCUGGAAGUCCUGGAUGGGAUAGUGAUGAUGUACAACCUCAGUGUCCACCAGCAGCUUGGGAAGAUGGUUGGUGUGUCAGAUGAUGUGAAUGAAUAUGCCAUGGCGCUGAAAGACACAGAGGAAAAAAUCAGUCGCUGCCCAAAAAGGAGGAGAGACAUCCACGAGGAACUGCUGAAGAGCCAAAAGGUCUUCUCCGAGAAGCUCAAUCACCUAAGCCGACGCCUCGCCUGGAUAAAUGUCACCAUUUAUUCAAAGGAGAAGAUGCAGGAUGUAUAUUGGCUGCUGCGAGUGUGCAUUCGCACCAUCGAGCAUGGCGACAGGACGGGCUCACUUUUUGCUUUCAUGCCAGAGUUCUACCUCAGUGUGGCUAUGAACAGCUACAGCGCACUCAAGAACUACUUCAGCCCUGUAAACAGCAUGGAGGACCUUCCAGGCUACGAGGAGACCCUUAUGCGUCUCGCUGCCAUCCUGGCCAAGCAUUUUGCUGACUCAAGGAUUGUGGGCACAGAUAUCCGAGACUCCCUGAUGCAGGCAUUGGCCAGCUACGUCUGCUACCCCCAUUCGCUGCGUGCUGUAGAGAGGAUCCCAGAAGAGCAGCGGAUCUCCAUGAUGAAGAACCUUCUGGCUCCCUAUGAGCAGCGACCUUGGGCACAGACCAACUGGAUCCUUGUCAGGCUGUGGCGGGGCUGUGGCUUUGGGUACAGAUACACACGGCUCCCACACCUGCUGAAAACCAAGCCUGAGGAUGCCAGCCUCCCCAGCCUCCAGAAGCCAUGUCCCUCCACCUUGCUGCAGCGGCACAUGGCGGACCUGCUCCGUAGCGACCGCGACCUGGCCCCCAGCUUCCUCAACAGUGUCCUCAACCAGCUGAACUGGGCUUUCUCUGAGUUCAUCGGCAUGAUUCAGGAGAUCCAGCAGGCAGCAGAGCGCUUGGAGAGGAAUUUUGUGGACAGCCGCCAACUGAAGGUGUGCGCCACCUGCUUUGACCUGUCAGUGAGCUUGCUCAGGGUGCUGGAAAUGACUGUCACACUCGCACCAGAGAUCUUUCUCGACUGGAAUCGCCCAUCGUCAGAACUGCUGCUUCGGAGGCUUGCCCAGCUCUUGAACCAGGUGUUGAACCGUGUGACAGCUGAAAGGAACUUGUUUGACAGAGUGGUCAACCUCCGUCUGCCAGGGCUGGAGAGCGUGGACCAUUACCCAAUCCUUGUGGCUGUGACAGGGAUACUGGUCCAGCUGCUUGUGGACACUGAUGUUCAGGGGGCGGAGCGGGCGACGGCGGUACUGCUGGCGGACCCCUGCUUCCAGCUGCGCUCCAUCCAGUACCUGCUGGGCCACGCCGAGCCCUCGGCCCUGGCAGCUGCUGCCCCGGCCACAGACAAGCGUCAUUUCUCCUUGCAAACCUACACGGAGUACAUCAGUGCUGAGGAGCUGGCAAAGGUGGACAAGAUGCUGAGCCAUCUGAGUGAGGAGUCCAAGCAGGCAGCUGCCACCACGCUGCCCACCAGCGAGGAAGACCUGUGCCCCAUCUGCUAUGCACACCCCAUCUCGGCCAUCUUCAGACCCUGCUCCCACAAGUCGUGCAAAGCCUGCAUCAACCAGCACCUGAUGAACAACAAGGACUGCUUCUUCUGCAAGGCCACCAUCACAGGGGUGGAUGACUUCACCAAGCCAGCCAGCUCAUAGCACCCAGACCCGCACCAUGGGCUCCCCAACUGAGCAGGGUGGCCUCCCGCCACACACUGGCUUCUCCCCAAAUGCAAAGGGCCGUGGGGCCUUGGGUCUGCAGGGCCAGGACCCAGCAUGGGGCCACAGUGUGGGGCGGGGGCUGCAGGUAGGGCGAGGGUGGUGUGGGAGAGGCCUGAUGCCAGGUUCUGGGGCCAGCGUUCCCCUUGCCCAGCACCUGGGCCAUGGCAGCCCCUCUGCCCCACGAGCUGUUCUGAGGGAGGAGUGCCUAAGGCUUCAGGUCUGCGGCAGCCCUGGGGACAUGCAGUAGCCCUGGCACCAGGGCAAGGGGGCUGGGUUGGGCGUUCGGGCUGUUAACUUGCUCCUGGCUGGGGGCUGACUUCAUGAAAUGCAGCAUUAAAUUAUUCUUCCUUA